GGAUUUUCAGUUAAGGUGUCUACGAUUCUAGGUCACUGAUGUUUUCUAAAAAGCAAUCUGAUGGAUCGAGGCGGUUGCUCGAGAAAAAAAUGUACCUCGCUCGAGAAUGUCCAGAUGAUAUAUUUGAUCUGUCUUCGUGUGAACUUAAAAUGAUUCCUGAAGGAACUUUUUCACUUGUUAAAGUUUUACUAAAGACAAAAUUAUAUUUACAACAAAAUUCCUUACAAAAACUUGAUUCUGGUGGUAAACUAACAUAUCUUCAAAAUAUUGUACUGCUUGAUAUAAGUUCAAAUGAAUUUCAACAAUUACCUAAUAAUAUUUCUGAGUUGAAAUGUUUACAGGUUUUAAAUGCUUCAAAAAAUCUAUUAUCAACAUUACCAUCUACCAUCACAUCUCUUUCUCAACUUUUAUUUCUUAACAUUGAAGAUAAUCGUCUUACUGAAUUACCAUCAGAUUUUGGGAAAUUACAACAUAUUACUAAACUUUAUUUGAAAAAUAAUCCUUUGUCAUCUUUACCUAAACAAUUGUGCUAUUUGAAAGAUUUGAAAGAAUUAACUCUUUCCUGCGAUCAUAUACAAUAUCCUACUUCAGAUAUAUGUAAACUGGGACUGACAUCAAUAAUGGAUUAUUUAUCUCAAGAAGAAGGAAUGAAAUGUUGUAAUGUUGUUGUAAAUCAUGAAAAUGUGGCUAGUAAUUACACUUCCACAAAUAUAAAUAAUACUUUUAGUGAAAUGAAUGAACAAAAUAUGCAAAGUUUUUCCAACAAUACAGCAACACCAUCAUCAUCAUUAACUAAUUAUACUAAAAAACGAAACGAAGAAAAUCUUCUAGCCUUAGAAUUAGAACGUCAAUCAUUGGAAAGUCGUUGGACCGAACAAGAAUUAAAUGCUAAAUUGAAUCAAAAUAAACAAAUACUUGUACAAUUAGCAGAAGAAGAAGCACGUGUUUGUGCUGAAUUAUCUGCUAUACAAGAUAAACGAAAACAACAACGUUCCGCAUUAAUUUCUAAUGUUGCACUAGCUGAACAGAAUGCUGCUGAUAUAAUCAAACAAAUACUGACAAUUAAUAAAUCAGCAAAGUUGAUAGAAAAGAUGGAAGAUGUGUUCAAUGUACAUCAGUUUAGUUCUACUGAUUAUACAGCUUUGUCACAAUCGAAACGGAAAGAAAUCCUAGCUUCAAUGCAAGAAAUGUUGUCAAUUACAGACAAUGCUUAUGCAGUUCAUACAAUGAAUUUGAAUUCAACUAAACUUCACAGUCUUUCAAAUAACAAAGAUUCCACUAAUGAAUAUGUUGAACAAGUUCUAGCGAAUAAACGUGCUGAUCAUACAAAAUUAACCUUUAAUCUUAUGCUAGAGGAAAGUGUUCAAAAAGAAGCUUUUGCUCAGUUACAACGUCAAAAAGAUGGUCAAGUUGCAAGAUUACAAAAAGAGAUAUGCUUAGUAGAAGAAGAACUUUGCCGGCUUACUUUAGCUGAACGGUCACGUGUUAAUCAGCGUACUGAGGUUAAUCAACGUGUUCUUGAUGAGUGUAGAUCUGAACUACUACAAUUGUUAACUCAAUUAAUGGAUGAACAACAAGAUCGUCAAAAGGAAUUACGAAAACGUUUGGAGGAAAUCGAACAACAAAAGAAAGACGAUCAAUUGGACUUUUGGUUAGUUCAAUAUCAACGUGUAUUAAAUUCAAAACCUGUCAAAUUACUUGAUAAGGCCGACUCAGAUGUUCAAAUAAUUCUUAGUAAUGCACAAUCUUUGGAAUUUCUGCCUAAUUUUCAACGACAUGCAAUUACCUAUUCAAUUAUGCAAUCUAUGACAGAUAGUGAUCUUAAGGAAAUUGGUAUUCACACUCUUGGAGCACGUCGUGAGAUUUUGAGGCAGAUUGGUUUGUACAAAAUGAAAACAAAUGAUGAAGACAAGACGUUAAAUACGAUAGAAUCACUUCCAACACCGUAUGUAACACCAUCAGCUCCGGAGGCUACAUUAUCGAGUAUUGUUAUAUCUGACGAAGUUGUGGCUCGUAUAGAAAAUGAGUGUUGUAUAUGUCAAGACGCAAUAUACAGUGCUCAACGAUAUUCCUUCCAUGUGGUCAUGUCUGUUGUUGCAAGAAAUGUUCUGAAAGUGUUCUUGAUUGUCCACUGUGUCGUUCCAGCAUACACAAUCGAAUUCAAUUACAUUUCUGAUUGUGGUAAAACUAGGUAAAGGAAUUUUUCUGCUAUCAAUCAAUUUUUGAUGCCAUAUAUAUAGAACGCAGCAGAGUUCAGAAACUUUAACUUCUCUUAACAUUUUUAGAACUUUCAGUGAUUUGCUAAUCACAUAAACUUAUAUUACAUAAUUAUGCACAGGAUUUUUAAAACUGAAUGUACUAUUUAUUAUUUUUAAUUAACAUGCAUCUCUCCACAGUA